AUGGAAACUCUAGCUAGAACUUCUAUGAAUGUGUGUCCUUUUGUUAAGGCUCACACAGCUGAUGGUUUACGUAAGCUUGCUCAUGACCAUGGUCUAUUAGCUAUGGCUCAACAUUGUCCUGUAAUGGGACCUGCCUUAAGGGCUGAAAGACAUUAUUCUACGGCAACUAAACCUGCUCAUGCUCGUGCGGAAGGUGUUGCUGUUGCUGCAGCCAAGGUUUCUCGUUCCGUUGACAACCCCGUUGAAUUAGACGGCUUUAAGACCAACGAGAAACCGUUUAACUAUGAUGCUGCCGUAUCAGAGCAACUAGAAGCCAAGAGAAAAGACCAUUCUUAUCGUUACUUCAACAAUAUCAAUCGGUUGGCCAACGAGUUUCCAAAAGCGCAUCGUGCUCGUGAGGAUGAUAAGGUAAUGGUAUGGUGCUCGAACGAUUAUUUGGGUAUGAGUAAAAACCAGCAGGUCUAUGAAACUAUGGUUAAAACCAUGCAGAAGUAUGGUGUUGGCUCUGGUGGUACUAGAAAUAUUGCCGGUCAUAACCGCCAUGCCAUCAAUUUGGAGACAGAGGUUGCUGCUUUGCAUAAGAAAGAGGCUGCCCUAGUGUUCACUUCGUGCUUUGUCGCCAACGAUUCCGUCCUUACCCUUUUCGGUAAGAGGUUUCCUAAUGGAGUCAUUUUCUCUGAUGAAUUGAACCAUGCCUCUAUGAUCGUUGGUAUCAAAAAUGCUCGUAUUAAAAAGCAUCUCUUCAAACAUAACGAUAUGAAGCAUUUGGAGCAACUCUUGUCCAUGUACCCUAAAUCCACUCCUAAGCUUAUUGCUUUCGAGUCUGUUUAUUCGAUGUGUGGUUCUGUUUCUCCCAUCGAGAAGAUAUGUGACUUGGCCGAGAAGUAUGGUGCUCUAACGUUCUUGGAUGAGGUCCAUGCAGUUGGUAUGUACGGUCCUCACGGUGCUGGUGUUGCCGAGCACUUGGAUUUUGACGCCCACUUGAAAGCAGGUAUUGCUUCACCUAGCUACAAGACUGUGAUGAGCAGAGUAGAUCUUAUUACAGGUACUCUAGGUAAGUCCUUCGGUGUAGUUGGUGGUUACGUUGCAGGUUCGUGCAAUUUGAUGGAUUGGAUCAGAUCUUUUGCUCCAGGUUUCAUCUUUACCACAACUUUGCCUCCUGCUGUUAUGGCUGGUUUGGCCACUUCUAUCAGAAUCGUCAGAAGAAACAUUGAAGAUCGUGUUAACCAGCAGAAAAACGUUAGAUACGUUAAGAAGCAGUUUGCAAACUUGGGUAUUCCCGUUAUCCCAAACCCUUCUCAUAUUAUUCCCUUGCUUAUUGGUAACCCUACUGAUUGCAAGAAAGCCUCCGACAUUUUGUUGAACAAGCACAAAAUCUAUGUUCAGGCCAUAAACUUUCCUUCAGUUCCAAGAGGUACCGAGAGGUUGAGAAUUACUCCUUCUCCUCACCAUGGAAAGGAGAUCAGCGACCAAUUGAUCGCUGCUGUUGAGGAUGUUUGGAAAUCGCUUGGUCUCAAAAGAGUCUCUGACUGGGAAGCCUUUGGAGGUCACUGUGGUGUUGGUUCCGCCAAUCACGAGUCUGUGGUUCCACUGUGGACUGAUGACCAAAUUAAGCUAACUAAUGCUGACUUGAACCCUAACGUUAUCGGCCCUGUCUUUAAGCAGUUGGAAGUUUCAUCUGGUAUUAGGUUAUAA